AUGUCGGACGGAAUUGCUCCAGCUAUAGACAAAGUCGGCGCACCUGAUCCCAAGGCCCCCGAAGCUGAGGCUGGUGCUCCCACCAUGGACACAACAGCUCCUUCAGAGCCUGCCAAGUCAGAGGAGAGCAAGCCUACUGGCAGUGCUGGCGGUCUUCACGCUCCGCCGAAGCCUGUCGAGAUUGCUUCGGUUCCACAAACGCCUGUCAACAACAUGACCCCGGCAGGCGGCACUCCUCGACCUGUGCUCAACAUCGAAGAAGAGCCCAAGGAUUCGCCAAAGAACGAAGAUGAGAAUGCUUUCGUCACCACCGGCGUAGAAACGACCUCUGCACCUACUGUCUCAGAGCCAAAGGAUGUCAACGGCACCAACAAGCCCGAGUCCACCGACGUCGCUGAGGCCGCUGCUGGCGAGAAGCGCAAGGCUGAAGAGCCCCCUGCCGCGACUAACGGCGCUUCUGCUCCCAUCGUAGCAGAGAAGCCUGAAUCGGAAGAGCCUGUCGAGAAGAAGGCUCGCGUCGAAGACGUCGCAGAUGAGGCGACAGCCACAGAAGACGCUGCGCCAAACGGUAAGCAGGAGGGUGGCAAGACCAUCAAGAAGGAAAAGAAGGUCAUCCCUGCGGUUGGCAAAACAGCACGCAAGACGCGAAGCCAAGGACCUGUUGAAGUCUAG